GAUUGAUUUGUAAAUCGAUUACGGGUUCGGGAUAGUCGAAACCAUUUGUGUUAAGCUAUCCUUAUAGCUAAUUAUGAAUCUGAUAACAUGAUUUUCCUUGCAGGUUUUGAAAUGGAGGAAGAACUUCGAGAUAAGAAAGCACAGAAAGAGUACUACAACAUGAUCGAUUUUGUUGCAAAUGCGCAACAGGGGAUUCCCAAAAUUUGCCCCUGUGGAUCAAUCACGAAAGAAACCGUUGAUGAAGAUGAUACGUACGACUACCUCCCGGGAAAAAGAUACUUUAUCUGCAAAGACUUUGAGGUAUGUACUGUAAUUAAUCUGGUUAUUUUUAUGGUUCAUAUUCUGACAAAUGUUUAUCUUUUUUUGCAGAAUGAUGGGCUGCAUUUCAGGCAACCAUGGGUUACGGCUAUUCAUGAAGAAGUUGAGAGGCUCAAAGAACGGUAUCACGAGCAGGCGAAGCUUCUGAGAGAGUGCCAGGCACUUAAGGACCAGGUGAGAAUGCUGCAGGACGAGGUGAGAAUGCUGCUUAUGCGUGUGGCUGAACUCGAGAGAGCCCUCUGAGGUUAGUGGAUUAAAUUAUCCUUCAUCUCUGCCUCGUGUGAAAUUAGUAGGAGUUUGCAUUGAAACAUAAGUUAGUAGUUAGCAAAUAAUAAAUAUUUAGUGACUUCAUUAAAUCUCGUUUUCAAACGAA